AUGUCAGCAAACUCUCAUGUAAUUUUCGAAAAGAAUGAUGACAGUUCGUCUUCAGAUUCUAUUUAUCCAAGUUCGGAAGAUGAAACUAGUUCAACUGAGCUCGAACACUAUAUAUUGGAAAGUAAUAUAAAAGCAGUUAAUGCUCGUUCUCCCCGUAAUAAAAAGUAUGAAAAAUGGAUGAAUUUGGUCUUGAAUGCAAAGAAAGCUAUGUUGUCUUCUGAAUGGUCGAACCUGUUAGCAGCAAUUCAAAAACUUGAGAAAGCAUUCAGGUCAAAUAAUACCAACCCACUUGGUUUAUUCACUCCAAUUCUUGAAGCAAAAGCAUGUAAUGCUACUCAACAAAGGUCUCAACACUUAAUAAGGUCAUUAAACUCUAUCAUUUUAGAAUAUCAAAAAACCCCUCCACCCAUCACAAUUUCAUCUUCUAACGUUAGACUCGUAGAUGCUGUAUCCCGAAACACUGUAAUAUUGGGAGUUAAAAACAAUCCUCUUUUGAAAUCAAACCUUCAUAAAUUUCAAAAUGUUAAAAAUAUAUAUCGUGAAGAUGUACCUCGAUUAAUGGAUAUUUGUGCACAAGCAAUUAUUCUUAAAAAGAUCCCUCUUAAACGAAGAAAAUUAAAAGUUUUCAUAAAUAUUCAACAACAAAUUGUUCCAGAUAUAAUUAUCAAUUUUAUUAAACAAGGAUUUUUAUGUGAAUCUUGUCGUCUAUUCAUUUCACCUUCCUCUUCAUUAUUUUUACAACCUAUAAUUGAAAACAUGAAAUAUCCUAAGAGACAGGAUAAAAUUCUUGAUGAUCAAAUCAACAGCAUAAUAUAUCAAGAAUUACCGCUAUUCAGAAGAUUUUGUGUUCAAUGUUGGCAGAUACAUAAUGCAAGGGAUAAUUCAAAAUGUAUUUGUGUUACAUGUAAAGUUGAAAGAGCAACUAAAAAGUGA